UCACAACACUCUACUCGCAGAGGGAGAUCUGCCAAGAUCUUUGGCUUCCCCUGGUGCCCUUCCACCUCCCCUUGCAUCACGAAAGCGCCACAGCCUCUGAUCUUUGUCUUUCGCAAUGCAAGACGGCCCGGCUUGUCGUUCUCCGCUGACAGUGGUGACCCUGAAUGUCUACAUGGACGGCUGGAGGCACCUGUGUGCCCGCCACACCAUCUCGUUCAUCGAGCACUCUGACGCCGACAUCAUCUGCCUGCAGGAGACCAACGAGGACUGGGAGAGGACCCUUAAUGCCCGGCCGGCCAUCAGGCAGCGCUUCCCCUACGUCAGCUUCACGCACGACAAGUGGAGGCAGGGCGGGCUGGCCUUUUUGUCCAAGCUGCCGAUGUCGGCUGUGGGCGUGUUGCCCCGCCUCUACACUAACUGGUACUUCGCCUGCCGCGUGACCGUCCACCCGCCGUCCGAUGCAGCCAUGCCGCCCUUCCAGAUCAUCCAGGUGCACUUGAAGGCUCCCGUGCCAUCGGUGCCCAUCCUCGUGCAGCAGCAGCGGGGACACGAGAUCCGCUCCCAUAUGGGCGCGUACACGCCGUCGCUCCCCGCUAUCGUCCUGGGGGACUUCAACUGCUCUACUGGGCCGGCAAUGCGCUUCAUGACAGCUGAGAUGGGCUUCACCAACUGUCUGCUGGAUGGUGCUCGACAGCAGAGGAGGGGCAGGACGACGUGGAAGGGGUGCUGUGCGAAGACGCUGUGUUGUGCGCCGCAGCUGUUCGAUCACAUAUUUGUGAAGGGGUUUGAUGUGGUGGAUUGUCGUGUGCUGCAUGAGGGGGGGUCAGACCACUGGCCGGUUCAGGCCAGAGUGAUCAUAUCAUGAGGGGCUGAUGGGGGACAGCUUUUUGCAACAUACAUAUGUGUGUCCGUGCCUGCGUGAUGGACAGACAAUUGGGGUGGUGGUUUUGUCUUUUGGCUUGACUCAGAGGGUGAAUUCAUGGCGUUUGUGUAGUGUCUUGACACUCAUACAUACAAUACAGGCGAGAUAUAAAGCUAUUCAUCACGAUGCACAUCUAUCUGCGUGCACGUACUUUCCUCCGCAGCCCUGCGUGGACUCACAAAACAUCGAUGGGGAGGGGGUCUCAUGCAAUUGAUUGGAUUGCAAAAUUGUCCUAUCUGUGUGCGCUGCUGGAUAGCCGCCUAGCUGUGCGUCUCGCACGAUGUCUGCCCUUCGCCCCUCCGUCUGUCCCUCUGUCUGUGUGAAGACACCAGCUCCGUCAAGGGCUCGAGUCAUGCAAGACGGACGUCUUAAAUGCACUGGCACGCAAGCAAGAUAAAAACCG